AAAAGCAUUUGAAAUAUCUUUAAAAAAUUUUAAUAUUGAUUUUUAUUUAAUUUUUUGUUUCUCUGAGCUUCGGAGGCCAGCUAGUGGUGAAAAUAUAAGCUACAGCUACACAGUUAAGAAUACGAAACUGAAUUGUAAAUAUAUUUUAUAUUCACUGUACUCUUCGUCAACCCUUUUUUCUCAUUGCAUAUAACGUUAGUUCUCUCAAGAAUUAAAAAAAAAGUUGUUUUUCUUUUAUGAUGCAAAUCAUACCUUGUUAAAAUGGUUGAUUUUAAAGAAAAGUCUUUUGAAAUGGAGGAUAGUGCAAGAUGAAUUAUUAAGGACUCUUUUGUACCAAAGACUUUCUAGCGAGGAUGAGGGUUUUCGGAGGUGCCAUGAAAGAGUAAAAGGGCAAGAUGUCUCAAAGUGCAUGGGAUCGCCGACUUCUCCACAAGAGCAAUAAUCAUCCUCUGAUAAGUGGAAACGGUGAAGAAAAGAAGGGAAUGGACCAUGUCCAGGAGAGUGUUUUGUUGAACAAGAGCUUGAAGCUCUCCAGUCGAUUUAUAUAAAUGAAAUUGAAGUUAAGAGCUAUGAGGAGAAAUUGACAUCUGUAUCAAUAGAUCUCCAUCCUGCCACUGCAGAUAAUCAUGAUGAACAAUAUGUUCGAAUGACUUUGAAAUUUAUUUUGGGUGAAGAGUAUCCACAAGUUGUACCUGAAAUUUCAAUUAGGAAUCCUAGAGGCUUAUCUGAAGAAAAGCUCAAUAGCAUUAUGCAAGAUCUGUCAUCUUUAGCGGAAAACAAAACUGGCAAUUCUAUGCUUUUUGAAAUAAUUGAAGCUGCUAAAGAACAUUUGACAAAUGAAAAUCGACCUUGUGGUGAAUGUGCAAUUUGCCUGUAUGGUUUUAGUGAGGAUGAUGUAUUUACUAAAACAGAAUGCUAUCAUUAUUUUCAUUCACAUUGUUUGGCAAGGUAUGUAAAAAAUGCUGCUGCUGCUUCUGAGAAUAAUGUUGAAGCCAAUUACAGUGAUGCACCUUCUGAUAAAAAGGUUUUGUGUCCUAUGUGCCGCUUACCAAUUCACUUUGAAGGUUCUGAGGAACUUUAUCCUCCACCUUCAGCUAAAGAUGAUGAAUAUGUGAUUGAUGAGGAAAUUUUAGCACAUCAAAAAAAGAUGGCUGAUUUGUAUCAGAAACAACUAAAUAAGGGAGGCAUAAUUGAUAUUGAGGCUGAAAAAAAUAAAUACCUGUUGGAAAUUUCAAAUGUUCCUACUCGAGUCGGUGCCACUGAAAAAUCAAGCCCAAGCUCUACAGUAGAUGAUACUGAUUCUACUCCAGAAGCUGAUCCAUCCUCCAAAACAGAUGAAAAUGCUUGUGCUGAUUCACAAUCUUUGUUGAAGAAUAAAGUAUCAGGAAGUAAAGACUCUCGAACUGAACCCAGAAAUAAAGAUAAGCAUGAUAACAGACCAAGGAAUGAUAGAUAUGGUUAUAAUAAACAUUCCAGAAAUAAUGUUAAUCGUAAUAAUUCUUAUAGAGGUAAUCAGAGAUACAAUAGGUAUUCUAAGCCUAAUACUCAAAACUACAACCGAAAAAGUAAUAAUACUUUUACAACUGAAGAAAUAGAUUAUAAGGAUGAACAGUAUACUGAUGAUGAAAAUAACUCGCCUCAGAAUAAGCAUAAAAAUGCUGUUGGAGAUUACUCUGAAAGUUCCCAUGAUACAUCUCCAGUUUCAGAAUCCUCUCUUGCAUAUAGAUCAUAUAAUAUUCAGCAUAAAAGUGGGGGAACUAAUGUUAGUGAUUCUAGAAAAUAUGUUAAUGACAAGAAAGGAAGUAAUUAUAGACCACAUUCAAACCGGGACCGAAGACAUGGGCCAAAUGAUUAUGAAAAGCAUGGUUACAGGGGAAAUCAACGAGGCACUAAAGGCAGCCCUUCCAAAAACGAUUCACCUAGUAAAAACGACUUUCAAAAUGAUGUAAUGAAUGAUGAUGUUUCUGUAUAUGAUUCUAAUAUUCAUGAAAAUUCAAGUGAAUCCGUGAGUGGAUGGGCUGCUGCUUCUGCACUAACAGAAAGACAGAGUAAUUAUAAGAAUUUUAAUAAAACGCAGAAUUCUAAUAAAAUGCAGGGAAACAGAUCUGGAUAUACUAGCACUCAAAGUAAAAGAAAUUCUUAUCGUAAUGGUGAUUCUGAUGCAAUUUAUCCAGAUGAUAAUGUUCAAAGUCAAGAAGGAAGAAAAGACUAUUUUAGAAGAGGAAAAUCUGGAAAAGGUUUUCGAAAUAGUUACAAUGAUAGACAACAUUAUAGAGAAAACAACUAUAAUUCCCAAGGUGACAGAUAUUCGCAAGAAAAUAAUCAUACAAGAAACUUUAAUCAGCAAUCACGUCAAGGAGACAGAUAUUCACAAGAGAAAAACUCUUACAAUUAUGAGGAUAGAAGAGAUUAUAACAAGAAUAGGUCUAAUGAUCGAGCAGUCCAUGAAACCUCUAAUCGUAAGUUUUCAUCAGAUGACAAAUAUGAAUACCAUGAAAGAGAAAAUAAUCCCCAGGGAAAUAUUUCAAAGAAGUCCUCUUACAGAAACUACAAGGAUGAGCAGUUUGAUGAUGUGGAUAGCAAUUACAUAGAGAAGGGUGACAGAUAUAAUGGCAGAAAUAGAAAUAAUUCUCAUUACCAGAAUAGGGACCAGAAUUUUAAAGGAAAUCGAAAUAAUAGGUAUGACAGUCAUAGUUCUUAUCAAAAUAAUAGGAACGCAAAUAGACGAAAUACACCAAGAAAAUAUAGUGAUAACCUUGAUAGUCAUUACUACAAGGGUGAUGAAAUAACUGUGCCUGAAUCUCAGGCAAGCCAAGAAUCGGUAAAUUAUGUGAAUGAAAAGAAAUUUUCUACUUCCACUGAAGAGGUCUCAGUAGCAAAAACAGAUGUCAGCCGAAGCUUUGCUAACGAAAUUCCAGUUCAAGAAACCAAUGUACCUGAUACUACUAGUGAUGCCAUGCCACAGAAGGUAGUACGACCACCUCCUGGUUUUAAUAAUCCUCUGAAGAAAGUUGUUUAUGGUCUUCAGGCCGCCAAUCCUCCUCCGGGAUUUCCACGAAGCUGACAACAGUUGUUUCCGAGAGACUCCUUACUUUGGAUUAAAGGCUGGAUGCGAUGCUUUAAUAUUUUGACUUAUAUUUAUUUAUUUAAAAGUCUGUGAUGAUUUAAUUCUUUAACUAACUGUUUCAAUAACUUGAAGCCUGUAUGUUGGCUAUUUCUUUGUUACCUCAUUUUCAAUCAAUUUAUAAAAUUUUCUCUAUUUGCAAUUUUCAAAAAGUUUUAAUACCACAAUAUAGAUGUUUUUUUCUGUC